GAACUGGUGCGUCGUGUGCUCGGCUACAAUAUUGAAGCACACCGAGACAUUGCUUUUCUCAUCAGGUAGACAUGAACGACACUGUGGAAGGAGGACCGCAGCCAGAGCCAAUUUAUGCUGUGGUCUUUGGCUGUAUUAUGGUACUUGGGCUUCCUCUCAAUGCUGUAUCACUGUGGAUAUUAUUACGCCGGCACAGCCUCAGAUCCCCAAAUGUGGUCUUCAUGGUCAACCUGGCAAUAUCAGACCUGCUGCUCGCCAUCUCCUUGCCCAUGAGGGUCUACUUUUACGCCACGGGCACCUGGCCGCUGGGCUCAUCGGUGUGUAUCUUGACCACAGAGAUCUACCGCAAAAACAUCAGCUGCAGCUCCAUCUUCAUCACCUUCAUCUGCGUGGACCGCCUGCUGGCUGUGGUGUAUCCUCUGAGGUCACGACAUCUUCGAACUUCUUCCAACGCCUGGAAAGCUGUUGUGUUCGUUUGGCUGUUCGUGCUGCUGAUGAACAUUCCACAGAGCCUAAGCAUGUCACGCGCUUUGAAAAACUGCACUGUAGCUGUCUGUUUUGAUUAUCAUCAUUGUUGGACUUACGACCCAGCAUGGGUUUAUUUUUAUGUUGCAUUAGUGUUCACCAUGCUGGCAGUCAAUGUUGUGUGCACCACUCUGGUGUCUUGGACUCUACGCAGCCAUCUCAGCGACUCUGCAAAGGUCAGAAACAAGGUGAAUGUCAUGCUGAUUUUUUUCAUGAACUUGGUUAUGUUCACUGUAUGUUUCAUUCCUUUGUAUGUUGGGUUACUUACAAUUAAGGGAACUGCAAUCAGGCCUUUAGUAUGUCUUGCUACCAUGAACUGCUGUCUGGAUCCGCUGAUGUAUUACUUUUCUCUGGAUAACUUUUGGAAGAAAAAAGAGGAUGUGGAUCUUGAAACAAGAGAAGAGUAGACGAAGGAUGUGCCACGAUAUUUUCAUAAGAAGGCAUCAAAUUCCCAUGUCACAUGACCCUUUCUCUAUUUUUCAGCUGCUGAGGUGUGGGAUGCUUACUUGGCUUGAAGUGUGACAGUGUGACAUAUUUUACAAAACUUUUCUUUUUUUAAAGCCAAUGUUUGGUAAAGUUUGCAAUUUAAUACGAGAGAGAGAGAAGCUUGGCUUGUUAAUGAACUACUGCCAUGCUUAAUUCAUACUUACAGGCUGUAAGAGCACAGCUUCAUGAAAGAGUCCUUCGGCAGUAUCAGGAGAAAUGAUGACGAUGACUGAAGAAGUUGUUUGACGUUCUGUGAAUCUGCUUACUUGCUAAGAGUUAAAUAAGAAGACUGAUACCACUCUCAUGUCUGUAAGGUAAAUGUGAAUACAGUCUCGAGGCAGAGAGGGUUAGCUCAGCACAAAGAAAGGAAACAGAGCUCUAUUUGAAGUUUAGACCAAAGUGUAAAGUGCACCAGUGUCCAAUCAUUUCUUGAAUAUGGGAAGGAGGCAAAUGUGUCCCCCCUACAGUUCCCUGCCUGUAUGAGCUCCUGAAGGUUUUGUAUGAUCGAGGUACUAUAACCAAAGAUAGUUUUCAAGCAGCGGCAAAAGAAAGAGUACCAAAGACGACGCUAAUUGUAGCAUCAUCCUUUUUUUUCCUUUCUUGUAUUUUUAAUUGUUGUAGUGCUUGACUCUCCUAUGCAUUCUGUAUACAAUAAACCCUUUGAUGA